AUGCUGCCCGACCGAAAUAGCGACCUCGGCCCCUCGCUGCGGGUGACGACGAGUGUUUCGGUUCCCAUUGUCACCAUGUUGAUCACCAUGAGGAUCUGGAUGCGUUAUAGCAAACAUCAGUUGGCGUGGGAGGAUGCCCUAAUUACUUUUAGCUGGAUUUCUUUCACCGUCAUGUGCGUGGCCGGCGUCACAGCAACAGCGUAUGGCUUUGGCAAGCGUUCCGAACUCGUCACAAUAUCCGAGCUCCCGAUGAUGAGGCUUUAUAGCGGAAUAGUGGCAUCGGUACCCUGGAGCCUGUCUAUCACGUCGGCAAAGGCUUCCUUCGCGGUCCUGUACCUCAGGAUAUUACAACCGACGGGUGGGAGCUGGGUCAGGCCUUUGAACAUUUCUGUGCUCAUCUUCCUGGCUUGUCAAGCGACCGAGGAGAUCUUGGUGGUGCUGCUGCAGUGCCAACCAUUCGCAAAGGCCUACGACGACAGUCUCGACGGGAGCUGCUACAGCCUGGAGCCUAUGUGGAUGUGCGAUUUUGCAUUCAACUUUGCCGUCGAUCUCAUACUCUUCAUCCAACCUAUACCGACAAUAUGGUCACUCCAAAUAGCCUCGACAUCCAGCAAAGUUGGCAUCACCACCAUUGUCUGCCUUGUUUCCAUCGGGCGUCUCUUUGCAGUCUUGGGCAUCAGAGAAGACACCAGCUACGAAACCGCACUCGCCGUCAUCCUUUGCCAAGUCGAGAUCGCCUGCAUCAUCAUCUGCAGCUGCGUUCCGGCGCUCAACCAAUUCAUCCGCAGCAUCGGCUGCCCGGGUUUCGCCGUGAACAGCACCCGGAACAGCUACAGCCUGCCGCGCUUCUACGCCCGGUCGGGCCAGUGGCACCGCCGGCGGAGCAGCACCGUGAACGACGUCGUGCACAGAGAAGGUGCCGAGGCGCGGGGCAUGGAAGGGGAGGAUGGACAGCACCCAGGACGACUGUGGCGUCAAGGACAACAACGACGGCGGCAGGAGGAAGACGACCAGAAUCAGAACCAAGGCGAAAGACGAGAGAAGAAGCCGUGGGGCCUGCGCUACUGCUGGAAGGUCAUUUCCAAUGCGUCCGAGACGAUUGCGUCGUCGGCGCCGACGGGCGGAGGCGGGACGGCAUCGCUGACGUUGACGCCCGAGUCGGGGAUGGAGGAGCUUGGGCUGGAGAUGAGCCCGCUCGAGGAUGUUCGAAUCACGCAGGAGAUGACGCGACGGUUCGUCUCACGGGACGGCGUCGAGAUGUGGCAUCAGCCGGGGAGCAUCGAGCGCACUUCGACUCACAGCUCGACGAGCAGCCAAGACGGGGCAAACCAGGCUGGGACUGGCGGGCUGAGAGAAGCCGCAGGCGAAGAAGGUCCAGAAUCAAGGCUCGAUACGACUCGUGGUCUGACAGUGAACAUCCCGACGUGGCUGGACCGCGUGUCUGACCAAGAUAUUGAUUUUUACCUGCAAAGCAGCCAGGAUGGGCAGUACGGUGAAGACAGUAACCCUGGUGAGGCAGGAGAGAAGACGGGGUUGGGUGCUAGGGACAGUGCGAAUGGAGGAGAAGAUGUCGACGACGGGAAAGACACGGAUGAAAAAGGCGACGAAGUCGACGACGACUGGAUCUCUGCCGCAGAGCACAGGAGUGCUGAAGGAACAGACGGCUGGCAGACCCCUAGGCCUGAACUAGACACCGGGACCUCGGAAAUUGACAUGACGAGUCACGAAAAGGGGGACUGA